UCUUGUGCGAGCAGCCACGUCGCAGUUGCCAACAUGGCCUUCCCCGAUCCGACUGCGCCUCCGCCGACUUGAAGCAUGCGAGUUGGAGGGGCGCCACGCAGCUGGAAGCCAUCACCCGACCGCUUUCUGUCUUCUUCUCUCCCUCCUUCACAUUUGACGCUCUCUUCAUCUCCAGCGUCUGCUCUCAAUUUCUCCGUCUGAUUUUCAUCCUCUUGCACUUUCUGCCCCUGCCUCCCCCGGCCUCUCCUUUGGGUUUGGUCCCCGUCGCAGUCGAGAAGACGGAUUUUCCACCGGUCCCGUCCUUCAUCCGGACCGCUUCGCCCUAAUCAGCGCGCCGUUUUAAUAGAUGUUUACUCAGCCCUCUGAAGUCCUCCCGGUCUUGUUUGGGCCUCGGCGGACGCCAUAAGUGAUGGAUGGCAAGCGCGUAAACAUUGAUUACAUACUGCGCGCUGCAUGAAAAUCUCACCAGAUCGCGAGAGAGGCGAGGAAGCGAGAGUUAAACAACAUCAGCGAGCGAAAAGUGCAACGAGGAGGAAACAAGACCGAGAACAAUCCGGCCUUUGUCCUCACGCGCGUGCGCAUAAUCGGCUUUCAUGCGUUUUGGCUCAAUUUUGAACCGUCGCCGCCGGAAUCGCAACCGCUAAUGGCGCAACGUGAGCUGAAGCCCGAGAACGAGAAGCAGGCGGACGGCCCGGUCCCGACGGGUCGAGCCUCGUGCCCGCACAGGGCCAGGGCUCGGUUCCUCAAGGGCGUCUCCUACUUCUCCGGAGACAUGGCGCUUCUCGCAAAGUGGAUGGAAAAGCAGUUCUUCUUGCUGCAGUUACUGGACUGGGUCCUCCGCGGCGCCGCCCAGGUCAUGUUUGUGAACAACCCGCUGAGCGGGCUCAUUAUAUUUGCCGGGCUCAUCGUGCAGAACUACUGGUGGGCGCUCAACGGCUUCGUGGGCACUCUUUUCGCCACCGUCUCUGCCCUCAUUCUGCGACAGAACAGGGGUGCAAUUGCCGCAGGACUGUACGGGUACAACGGCAUCCUAGUGGGCUUGCUGAUGGCUGUCUUCUCCAAUGCAGGGAACUGGUACUGGUGGCUCUUGCUGCCCAACAUCUUCCUGUCCAUGAUGUGUCCGAUCGUGUCCAGCGCCUUGGCAUCCAUAAACAGUCGCUGGGAUCUGCCAGUGUUCACGCUGCCCUUCAAUAUCCUGGUGUGCCUCCACAUGGUGGCCACAGGUCACUACAACCAUCACUUCCCCCAAGUCCUCAUCCAGCCCCGCACCGAGCUGCCAAAUAUCACCUGGGAGGAAAUCGAUGUUGCCAAGCUGUUCAUGUCCAUACCGGUUGGGAUCGGCCAGGUCUACGGCUGCGACAACCCUUGGACCGGAGGCAUCUUCAUCAUCUCGCUCUUCAUCUCCUCGCCUAUCACGUGCGCUCACGCUGUCCUCGGCUCCACAAUUGGCAUGCUCUCAGGCCUGGCUUUGGCAGCUCCGUUUGGCGCAAUCUAUUUUGGCCUCUGGGGCUACAACUGCGUGCUGGCGUGCAUUGCCGUUGGAGGAAUGUUUUAUGCGCUGACUUGGCAAGUGCACCUCCUCGCCAUUACCUGUGGGUUUUUCUGCGCAUACCUGGGCUCCGCCAUAGCCAACAUCAUGUCCGUGUUCGGUCUGCCGUCCUGCACGUGGCCCUUCUGUCUCUCCGCACUUACAUUUCUGCUCAUCACCACGGAGACCAAUAAGAUCUUUAAGCUGCCGCUCGCCAAAGUCACCUACCCGGAGAAAAACCUCAGCUACUUCUGGAAGAUGAAGAAACAGGAGAAGCUGGACGAAGCCCGGAAAAAGGAAGAGGAGCAGCAGAAAGCGAUUGAGGAAGCGGUCCUCAACGAGAAACUGCAGCUGAGCCUCGACCUUAGCGCCGCGCAGGAAGCCGACGUCACGCAAACCGCCACGGAGCCUGAAACGCAGAGCGAGGGACGGGACACUGGAGGAGAACCAACCGCGGAAAACUUCCCGACGGAAGAAACGCUUGCAAAUUAUGUUUAAAAGAUGAACCACUGUCGUAUCGUUUUGAUAUCUUUAGUGGAUGGCGUUGUAUCGUGAAAUCUUUAGCGAAUUUUCAUCAGGCAACUCACUCCAAAUUGAAAAAAAAAACAAAAACAAAUUCAGAUGUAAACUGUCAGAAUGCGUGUAUAUUUAUUAUGGAGAGAGAUUGGAAUAUUUUUACGGUUCUUGGAUGACAUGAAAUGAUCGUUGUCCAGCAGAGACAAAAAAACCCCAGUGCAACAAACAAAGUGCUUAAAUAUUGUAAAAAGAGUCCAUAUUUCCUAAUCUGUAUAUACGAUGCAAUACAUUUUUCUGUUUGUGACUAUCAGGGAUGCCGUUUUGACAAGAGUUUCCAGUUGACUCAAUACGCGUAUACAUUUUUAUUGCAUAAUCUGUUGUUCAUUUGCUUUCAUACGUUUGUAAAUAUAUGUGUAAAUAGAUACAUACUGUAAAAUAUAAAUGUGUGUGUGUGUGCGUGUGUGUGACUGAGCAAUUUUGUGUGAUAUCACUUGCUUCGACCCCCCCAAUUGAAAACACUAAAAUCAAGAGAAUUACACAAUUAUCAAUUUAAAGAGAAGAAGCAAAAAAUUGCAUCCAAUUUCCACCACUGUCAACACAAUGUCAGCCUCGCGCAUUUUGCAAAACAUCCAUCCAUCCAUUUUCUUUUGCCGCUUAUCCUCACGAGGGUCGCGGGGAGUGCCGGAGCCUAUCCCAGCUGUCAACGUGCAGGAGGCGGGGUACACCCUGAACUGGUUGCCAGCCAAUCGCAGGGCACAUUGAGACAGUCACACUCACAUUCACACCUUGGGGCAAUUUAGAGUGUCUAAUUCAUGUUGCAUGUUUUUGGGAUGAGGAAGGAAACCGGAGUGCCUGGAGGAAACCCACACACGCCCGGGGAGAACAUGCAAACUCCACACAGGCGGGGCCGGGAUUGAACCCGGGUCCUCAGAAGUGCGAGGCCAACACUUUACCAGCUAAUCCACCGUGCCGCCCAUUUUGCAAAACACUGCACAAAAUGAUUUGAAAACCACUAAACACACGUCGGAGACGGAAACUUAUCACGCUGUCACUUUGUCGCAAUUCCCAAGUGCUGACUGUCAAGCGAAGACACCCACGAGCAGCCAUCGGGUGGCUUAAUUGCAGAGUCGCCAAUCAGGUUGAAG